UAUGCUGCAAACUAGGAAAAGAAAAUGUUUUUAGUAAAAUGUAAAAACUGUUCCGUUUGUUAAAUGGUUUCUCAUCACACACUAAAUCCUGUUUAAACAUCACAUGCAAAAUAAGAUCCAUAUUAGCUCUGGUGCCUCUGAGCAAAGGUGUGGAAGAAUGUCUGCCGUGUGGCUGUACCUGUAAAUCCUGUGUGUUGGGACUUCCUGGAUGGCAAACAACACUGCAGCACCUUUUUCCUCCAAGGAAUAACAUGCUGCUGUUGAAAGUACUUGGCAGAGGAAAGAUAUGAAGUUUGGCAAAGUACCAGUGUGUGAGCUGAAGUCACUGAAAAACUGGGCAUCCCUUUGUGUGUUGUUGGCGGUGGCACUCCUAUUAUAUCAUGAUCCAUUUCUACUACUCUGGUGGCCUCAGAAACCUGCUGAGAAACCUGGUGGUUUACCUCUGGAUAUGGCAACAGACUCCAUUGAUGAUAUGUAUGAUGGCUGCCGAUCUGAAACAGCCUCUGUGAUCGACCUGUUAGGAGUGUUUGAAUGGCACUUCAACAGAGACUUCAGUUUGGCCUGGGCUUCAGUUGAAAGACAUGCAAAGAAACCUGCACACAAGCACCUGAAAGAGGACCAUGCUAUAGUGUUGUACCUGUACACAAAAAUGAAAAAUAUACAACAAGCUUUCAACGAAGCAGUGAAAACGGGGAAAUACAAGUACAGCACGUAUGGAUUUAAGUUCCACUAUUUCUACUUCUACCUGACGGAUGCCAUUCAGACUCUGCGUCAGAAUCAGACAUCGUGCAGAACCACCUAUUACAGAACAUGGAAACAGUUUGACCACAAUGUCAUCAACUCAAACAUGCGUUUUGGGGCUUUCACCUGGGUAGCUUCAAGCAAGCAGUCAUUUGAUUUUAAUAGCAAUGUGUCUUGUUUUGAGAUUCACUCAUGCUAUGGUGCUGACAUAACACAUUACUCAGCUACAAAGCAAAUGGGACAGGUGCUGAUUCCUCCCUAUGAGGUCUUCAAAAUCACUGAUGUCCGGACAGAUGAUUCGUGGUGCAGUGUGGUCUACAAGCUACAUAGCACCAAAAUACCAAGAGGAGAUUUAAAUUGUAAAUUGAAUCCAAGGCCAAUAAAAACAUAUUUUGGAGCUGUUUCAACGCAGUGGCAAGCAAGCAGUGUUGGGAAAAUGUCAGCAUGCGUAAUGCUGUUUAUUAUAAUUUCUUUAGUUCUUGUAAAACGCAGGCAGAAAUGUUUUGUGGUUGCAGUGCUGGGUGCUCUGCUGCUGCUGCUGAUUAUUCUGGUGAUGUUGAGAGUUAGCCACUGGGUGUGAGGGGUAACAAAGAGGGGUAAUGGCGUGUUAAUGGAACUCUUACCAUGUGGUUUUUAUCAUUGAGAAAAUUCAAAAAAUUGUUUCUACCUUUGUCAUACUGUGCACAAUAAAUGCCAAGCAACUCACAAAUUCAU